AAACCCUACACUAACCCCAUCUCUCUUUCGAUGGUUGCGUUGUUUAAGACAUUGAGGUCGUCCAUCCCAUAUAGUCUACCAUGGCGCCCACCUACGCUGGUAUGUCCGGACGCCCACUGUCGCUGACCGUGUCUACGGUCGCGACUAUGGGUUUCCUGCUAUUCGGAUAUGAUCAGGGUGUUAUGUCUGGAAUCAUUAGUGACGCCGCCUUCAACGAUGUCUUCACCGCCACUAAAAACAAUAACACCAUGCAAGCCUUGGUAACAGCCAUUUACGAGCUUGGAUGUCUGGCUGGUGCUGUCUUCGCACUCAUAUUUGGUGACCGUCUCGGUCGCAGAAGGAUGAUCAUCCUCGGAGCAUCUAUCAUGAUCAUCGGUGUUAUCAUCCAGGUCACUGCUUUCCCAGGCCAUAUCCCCCUGCUGCAGUUCUUCUUCGGUCGAUCAAUCACGGGUAUUGGCAACGGCAUGAACACCUCUACAAUCCCGACCUACCAGGCCGAGUGCUCCCAUGCCAAGAACAGAGGUUUGUUGAUCUGUAUCGAAGGAGGUGUGAUUGCUAUUGGAACUGUCAUUGCAUACUGGAUCGAUUAUGGCGCACAUUUCGGCCCUCCCGACCUCGUCUGGCGUUUCCCUAUUGCCUUCCAGAUCGUUUUCGGUGUCGUCAUCAUUGUUGGAAUGACCUACCUGCCCGAAUCUCCCCGUUACUUGAUCACAAAAGACAAGAUCGAGCAGGGUGAAUACGUGCUGGCCGCACUGGCAGGUACAGAGAUCGAUGAUCCCCGCACUCAGCUGCAGAAGUCGCUGGUUCUCGACUCGAUCAAGGCCUCUGGUGCCAUGCGGAAGACCUCGUUCAGAGACCUUUUGACCCACGGCAGAACCCAGCACUUCCGCCGUAUGCUGAUCGGUUCUUCUUCCCAGAUCUUCCAGCAGCUCAGUGGUUGCAAUGCGGUCAUCUACUAUCUUCCCGUAUUGCUCAAGCAGUCUCUGCAUGAGUCCGAGAACAUGUCGCUGUUGAUUGGUGGUAUCAACAUGAUUGUCUAUGCCAUCUUCGCUACGUUCUCCUGGUUCUUCAUCGAGAAGAUCGGUCGUCGCAAGCUCUUCUUGGGAGGAACAUUCGGUCAGCUGACGGCCAUGACCAUUACUUUCGCUUGCUUGAUCCCCGGAGACCCGUCGAGUGCCAAGGGUGCUGUCUUUGGUCUGUUCCUUUACAUGGCCUUUUUUGGUGCUACUUGGCUGCCCCUGCCAUGGUUGUACCCUGCCGAGAUCUCUCCUAUCAAGACUCGUGCCAAGGCCAACGCCGUCUCUACUUGCAGCAACUGGCUGUUCAACUUCACUGUCGUUAUGAUCACCCCUGUCAUGGUUGAGCAUAUUGGAUGGGGUACCUACCUGUUCUUCGCGGCCAUGAACGCAUCUUUCCUGCCAUUCAUCUGGUUCUUCUACCCUGAGACUGCCAACCGCAGUCUGGAGGAGAUCGAUAUUAUUUUCGCCAAGGGCAACCAUGAGAACAUCAGCUAUGUCAAGGCUUCGCAUGACCUUCCGAAGCUCCAGGAUGAGGAGCUUGAGGCUAAGGCCUACGAAUAUGGUCUUUACAAUGAGGAGCCUCCGGAGGAGGAGCUCGAGAAGGGCAUUGCCAGCCACGACCCUCCUGCAAGCGCCGAGUUUGCCUCCUUCCAGCCUACCCAGCUGUAAGGAACUUGUUCGAAUUCUUUUUUGUGAUCUGAGGAAUUUUGCUUGGAUCUGCUAUGUAUAUACACGAUGGCUUUCU